UCUGUCUUCCCGGAUGUUACGCAAAACGUUCUAAUAUGGUAACAUAUAUAUCCGUAAGGACGGGCAGAGACUUUUCUCAGAAGGGAAGGUCGGUGUGUCCUCGAACAAGUAAAGUGUUCACCCACAAAUAAUGAUAACUUUAGCUGCUCGUUCCUUGCAGGUGACAGGCGGAUCACUCAAAGCUCUGGUCUCCGGAGCCGUGAAGGGAGAUGGGUUUUUCAAGACUGGCUCUGCUGCCUGCUUCAAUGCUUCUGGUGGAGUCCGUCUGGCCCACACGGACAUCAAGAUCCCGGACUUCUCUGACUACCGACGCCCAGAAGUUCAGGAUCCCAAGGCGUCAUCCCAGGAAAGCGGCGACGCCCGCAGAACCUUCUCCUACAUGAUGACGGCCGGCUUCUCCAUCGUGGCGGUCUACUCAGCCAAGACCGUGGUCACCCAGUUUGUCUCCUCCAUGAGCGCCUCAGCCGACGUCCUGGCCCUGUCCAAGAUCGAGGUCAAGCUGGGAGACAUCCCGGAGGGUAAGAACGUCACCUUGAAGUGGAGAGGCAAACCUCUGUUCGUUCGCCACCGUACGGAGAAAGAGAUCGCUACGGAGGCAGCGGUGGAUCUGUCAGAGCUGCGGGACCCCCAGCACGACAAGGACCGCGUGGCCAACCCACAGUGGGUCAUCGUCAUCGGGGUGUGCACCCACUUGGGCUGCGUCCCCAUCGCCAACUCCGGAGACUACGGGGGCUACUACUGUCCCUGCCACGGCUCCCACUAUGACGCCUCGGGCCGGAUCAGGAAGGGACCCGCGCCCCUCAAUCUGGAGGUGCCGUACUACGAGUUCCUGGAUGAGGAGACGGUCGUGGUGGGAUAGGAGCUCUUGUUUGUCUUUCUAGUUCGUGUUUUUUUUUUAAUGGGUCUGUCUGAGAACUCUGAAUCUGAAAUGGUUGCUGCUGAAUAAUAAAGGGUUAUUUUAACAAUCCAAAAUCACAGUCUUUUAUUGACUGAUUUUAUU